AACAAAUUGAUGCCGAAAUGUGAAAUCUAACUAUUUGGAUUACAAAGAGCCAACCCUUGUCAGAUUUUCCAUUGGAAUAACAAUGUGUCUGUGUUAAAGUGUAAGCAUUUGGAAUACUAAAAUGGAAUUAGCUGAAGAUGAAGAAGAAAUCGAAGAGACUGUUUACUUUGAUCAGUCUGUAGAUGACGUUGAUAAUUUUAUCGUUGUUUCAACUUUGCAAGACGGAAACUUCGUUGUUGAAGCAUUGUUUUCUGCUGUCGAGGAGGGAAACAUUGCCGGUUUAGAAGAGCUCUUCAACUUGUCGCAUAUUGAUCCUAAUUACUGCAACAAGCAUGGUGAGACUGCUCUACAUAUUGCUUCCGGACUCGGUCAUUUGAACGUAGUGAAUUUUUGUAUUCCAAAAAAGACAAACAUCCAUGCAUUGGAUAGCCAUGGGGACAGUGCCAUCUACUGGGCAGCGAGGCAAGGCCAUGACCACGUUAUUCGUUAUCUAUACGAGGAAGGCGUGUCUGUAGAUAUUCGAAACAAGGCCAAGGAGACUGCUCUUCAUGUGGCCUCUCGCUACGGGCACACCAAUGCCGUGGCGCUCCUGUGCAGGUGCUGCACUGACGUCAACCUACCCGAUGAGCAUGGAGAAACUGCCUUGCAUAUCGGAGUUUGGCACGGUUUCCCAAAAAUCGUGGAUACCCUGUGUAAUUUUGGAGCAAAAACAAACCUUCGGAACAAGGAAGAAGAAACUCCUUUGCAUUGUGCUGCUGCCCGAGGCCACACAGACUGCAUCAGAAGCCUCCUCGAAGCUGGAGUUGAUCUGAAUCUCAUUGACAAGUGCGAAAAUACCGCAUUGCAUUUGGCCAUGAGAAGACAUCACGAAGCAGUUUCUUUCCUCUUGCUGCAAGCUGGGUGCCAAACAGACGUAUUUGACAACCAAGGGGAAGGUCCAAUUCACAUAGCCUGUAGGGACGGACUUUUACCACUGGCCAAGGCUUUAUGCUCGUCUGGAACCAAAGUGAAUGUGCCAAAUAAGAUGGGCUUUUAUCCUAUUCAUCUUGCUGCCAAAAACGGACACGUCGAAAUAGUGAGAAUUUUAUGCUUGGCAGGUUGCAUAGUAGACCAAAAAAACAGGGAAGGAAUACCUGCAGAAAUUUCAGCUCUUGCUCAAGGAUACAAUGAAAUAGCAGAUACAUUGAACAAGUUGAAAAACGAACAACAAAGGGAGGAGUAUAUAAAUCAACUGACGACUUCCGUCCAACCUAUCACGAGGAUCCAAUUGAAAAUUCUCGGACAUAGCGGUGUGGGCAAGACGUCACUCUUGGACUCGCUCAAGUGUGGAUAUUUCAGUUCCUGGUUUCGAAGAUCGAAGUCAAAUUCAUCUUCAUCCGUCGGCAGUGUCAGUGUGAAGAUGAAAAACGGUACCCAUUCGAGUAAAUCAAGCAUUGAAUCUGAUCCCUGCGCGUCAGAUGAACCUUGCUUGUCUUUUGAAACCAACUUCGAUAGUUAUACCCAUGGCAUCGAUAUCCAUCAAGUCAGUAUUUCAGGUAUAGGAGAUCUUAGUCUUUGGGAAUUUUCCGGCCAUGAACCUUACUACAUUGUGUAUGACAGGUUCCUUGGCAAUAGUCACUGUAUUCAUGCAAUAGUCUUUUCCUUGAGUGAUCCGUUCGAUGUCCAGCUACAUCAAGUCAUGUUCUGGCUCUCCUUUCUGCAGGCCAGGAUGCCUCCUCUGGAACCUUUAGGUCAUAGCGGCAAAAGUAACUCACCCGCUCGUGUGGUGUUGGUGGCCACACAUGCGGACACGGCCAACUGCCAAAGAAACAACGCCACGAACGAAUACGUCAGCACGGAGGCUGAAGCUGUUCUAGAAGCGGCCAUACUCCGGUUCAAGCAUGUGUUUGACAUCCAUGACAGCGUCCACGUUAUGGAUGCCCACGUGGUUGGAUCCCAAGCCAUGAAGUCGCUCAAACAGUACAUGUGCAAUUGCAAGAACCAAAUUACACAGGAGCUUCCAAAACAAACUGGUUUUCUGGAAUCAAUGUUAUUGCACUUACAAAAGUGGCGUCAAAGCUCUACGAACUUUCCUGUCAUGUCUCAUCAGCAGUUCUGUGAUCUGGUGCAUUCUCAAGUCAACCCUUUAGCAAACACUGAACAUAUCAAAGUCAUGAUUGAUCAACUACAACUCAUGGGAGAGUUGCUAUUUUUAAGGCUAGAAACGCAAGACAUGAUUGUUCUGAAUCCCCGGUGGCUUUGUGUAGAUGUCAUUGGUCACAUGUUGUCCCAGGAACAUCUUGAAACAGCUAUCAUCAAUGGUACCUACACCAUGGAUGACAUUCAACAGCUUUUUCCAGAUACAGACGCUUUGGACCUAUUACAGGUGUUGGAAUCUCUUCAACUUUGCACCCAGUGUGACAGCAAUGGUGACAUAGAAUACGAAUUCCCGUGCUUCAACAUGCUCGACUCACAAGACUACCUGUGGGAAAAAGGAGAUUUAAGGUAUACCAACGCUGUGUAUGGUGGAAUCAGGAUUCAGAGCUGGCCCGCUGACAAGCACCUCCUACGUUGCGUCAUUCCCAGACUGCAAGUUCAACUUCGGAGAUAUUCUCAGAACCAUGUGUCUGCAGAGUGUUUUCUGCAGCAGUGGAGACAAGGUAGUAACUUCACGUGUAGUAGCAUACAAGGACAGAUCAGUCUUGGUGAAUUCGGCGAGUCCAUUGACGUCAAAGUGAGGGCACCUUCUUUCCUACGCAUAGAGAGCUUUUAUUUCUUGUCAAGUCUGCUGAGUGUCAUAGAAAACACGCUUUUGGAAAUCUGUCCUGGCCUCCUCUACGAGAGACACGCAAUCAGCCCUUCCCACUUGUGCCAACAUCUUGUGCAGCCGCAAAGCCAUCCUUCCCAUGUACUGUUGUCCGCACUCCUGGACCAUGGCCUUUCUGGCCUAGUCCAAACUGCAGAUGAAACGGCGACAGAUUACCUGACAGAUGUCGUUUGCUUUGGGUCACCAGAGGUUAUCGGUGGACCUGUUGGCAACUCCUCAGCAGGUGUUCUGACUCCUCCAUGUGGAAAUGGCCACUCCUCUGCAGGCGUGGUGUUGGGGCCACAACUGCACGCUUCUAAUUUACCGCUUCCCGUGAUCCAACGACUAUGUGCUGCCUUGGAUCCUCCAGAACCUAUCGGUCGAGACUGGUGCAUGCUGGCUGUGCUACUCGGACUGACGGACAUGCUACCCCUUCUGGAUCCAGGAGAUAAUCCAGCUCAGAGUCCAACAUCAAGGAUUUUAAAAGAGUGGCUAAAGGAACCGAGUAGCACAGUCUCCUGCUUAGUGGACAAGUUGAAAGAGCUCGGUAGACUCGAUGCGGUAGAAGUAAUUAUGAGGACAGCACCUUUUAUCAAAGUUUUCCCUAUAGGUGGAGAAAUUUCAAAUGAAGAUAUCAGUAUGAUAUGUACGAUGUCUCAUACUUCAAGUUCGAACAUAUCAAGGUGAAGUUUUGAGCAGGACAAACUACAAACAGUAGCUUCGUUGAGCUAUGGAACUAAUUUCAUGUACAUAUUUUAAUAAAGUGAUUAAAUUAAAAAAUUUUAUUUAAA